AUGUCUUAUUAUAUUGGUGUUGAUGUCGGAACUGGUUCUGCAAGAGCGUGUUUAAUUGAUUUGAAUGGUGAUAUCUUGUCUAUUAAAGAGUUAGCCAUUGAUCGACAAGAAUUGAAACCUGGAUAUAUCACCCAAUCUACAAAUCAGAUUUGGAAUAAUAUUUGUAUUUGUAUUAGAAAUAUCCUUCAAGAAAGCAAUGUUGACGAUAUUUCGUCGAAAAUUAAGGGAAUUGGCUUUGAUGCAACUUGUUCACUGGUUGUUUUAAACUCAAAGACAGAUCAAGAAGUAGCAGUGGGCCCUAAUUUCGAAGAUAAUGAUCAAAAUGUUAUUUUAUGGAUGGAUCAUCGUGCUUUAAUAGAAACCGUUGAAAUUAAUUCAACCGACUCCAAAUGCUUGAAAUACGUUGGUGGGCAAAUGUCUGUGGAAAUGGAAAUACCUAAGAUUAAAUGGUUAAAGAAUAAUAUGAAUCCAGCUGUUUAUAAGGAUUGUAAAUUUCUAGAUUUACCUGAUUUUUUAACUUACAAAGCUACCGGUAACUCUAUUCGUUCGUUCUGUUCGGCUGUUUGUAAGCAAGGUCUCUUACCAUUAGGAGUGGAAGGUUCAACAAAAGGCUGGACAGAAGAAUUUUUAUUAAACAUUGGAUUGGAAGAUUUAAUGGAAGACAAUUUUGUUAAAUUGGGCGGCCCUGUAAAACAAGAUUCUCAAGGUAAAGUAUCAUUUAGUACUGCGGGUGAAUUCAUUGGUUAUUUGUCGGACAAAUCAUCAAAGAUAAUGGGAAUUUCCUCUAAAUGUGCUGUCAGUUCCGGUAUAAUUGAUGCAUAUGCAGGUUGGAUCGGCACUAUUGCAGCAAGUACCAAGGAACCAAUUGAACAAUUAAAUAACUUUCAAGAUAAUCUAAAUGGAAUGAUUUGUUCUAGUGGUAGAUUAGCUGUUGUAGCAGGGACUUCUACUUGUCAUAUAUCUCUUACAAAUAAACCAAUUUUUGUUCCAGGGGUUUGGGGCCCAUAUCGUGAUGUCCUUGGGCAUAAUUUCUGGUGUGCAGAAGGUGGGCAAAGUUGUACAGGUGCCUUGUUACAACAUGUAUUGGAGACACAUCCAGCUUAUAAAGAACUAUGCGCAAUUUCUAAACAACAAGAUAUAUCCGUAUUUGAAGUGUUAAAUAACAAGAUUAGAGAAUUAACCCAUCAAAGAGACUUAAUUGAUGAAGUUCAUUUAAUCAAAAACUUAUUCUUUUAUGGUGAUUUCCAUGGCAAUAGAUCUCCAGUUGCAGAUGAAGCAAUGAGAGGAAACAUUAUUGGGCUAUCUAUGGACUCCUCCUUGAAUGAUCUAUGUAGGAUGUAUCUUGGUGCAUGUGAAUUUAUAGCUCAGCAAACAAGACAUAUAGUUGAUAUAAUGACUAAAUCAGGCUAUAAUCUUCAUUCGUUGUAUAUGUCUGGAGGUCAAUGUCGUAAUGAGCUCUUGAUGCAAUUAAUCAGCAAUUGCGUUGGAUUACCAGUAGUUAUUCCUAAGAAUAUUGAUACAGCUGUUGUUUUUGGAUCUGCAUUAAUGGGUGCUUGUGCAUCAGAAUUAUCAAAAUCGCAUAGUGACAAUACAAAGAAACCAGAUCAAAUCCUAUGGGAUGUUAUGUGCAAGAUGACUGGACAAGGGAUAGUAGUAUCACCACAAGAUCCGUCUAGCCAAGUUUGUAAGCUAUUAACUGUCAAAUAUCAAAUUUAUUUGGAUAUGAUUGCAACGCAGAAACGUUACCGUUCAAUGGUAAAUGGUUUAUAA